GGGUGUCCGGAGCGGCGGUGCGGGCAGCCGUGGGUGGCGGGCCACGUCGUAGGUAGCACCGAGGCAGCCUCUUCGAUUUGGGAUUCGGAAGCCCUCUCCCGCUAGACGAAAGGCCUUUCUUCCCUGCUGCCCCUGACGAUCGUCUCAGAAUCUCCGCCUCACCACUUUUGCCUUGCUUGCUUUGUAUGCUGAGAGAACCUUGAAAAGAGUGCAGUAAAAAUAAUGUGGAACUUUGAACUAGACCAGACCCCAGCAGGUCCUGAUGUACCGCGACUUGUCUUAAACUGUCAGAAUCUCAGCGCAGUCCUCCGAAAUGGGGCGUGGGGCUCCAUCUCACUGAGAUGAGAAUCGGAACAGUUCGUAUCUCUCUGAAAAUGUAGGGAACACCCUAUUCCUUCAUUAUAAUUGGAACGAGUCAAACAAUGCGAACAUAAUUUGUCUCAAGAAAGAUUGCCGGAGUGGUUGAAAUGCUUUUUAUUUAGAAUAGUAGCAAAAAUGGAAAAAGAAAAAGUAAGGGAUGGUGAAAAACCAGACCCAGAAAGCUCUUUGGACUUUUCUGAACAGUUUAAUCAGCUUGAAUUGUUGGAAACCCAUGGACACCUGAUUCCCACUGGUACUCAGAGUCUCUGGGUAGGCGAUUCUGAUGAAGAUGAGGAGCAAGAGGAAAAACAUGAAGAGUGGUAUCAAUUGCAAGAGAAAAAAAUGGAAAAAGAUCCAAGCAAAUUGCUUCUUUGGGCUGCUGAAAAAAAUCGGCUUGCUACAGUGCAGAGACUACUCUCUGAGAAGGCCACUGAAGUGAACACUAGGGAUGAAGAUGAGUAUACCCCUCUUCACCGAGCAGCCUACAGUGGACACUUAGAUAUUGUUCGUGAACUAGUGGCUCAGGGGGCAGAUGUUCAUGCAGUGACUGUGGAUGGCUGGACACCACUGCACAGUGCUUGUAAGUGGAAUAACACCAGGGUGGCCUCUUUCUUACUUCAGCAUGAUGCAGACGUCAACGCCCAAACAAAAGGCCUCUUGACCCCUUUGCAUCUUGCUGCUGGGAACAGAGACAGCAGGGACACCCUGGAACUCCUCCUGAUGAAUCGCUACAUCAAACCAGGGCUGAAGAACAACUCACAAGAAACUGCUUCCGAUAUCGCCAGGAGGACAAGCAUCUAUCACUACCUCUUUGAAAUCGUGGAAGGCUGUACAAACUCUUCACCUCCGUCUUAAUGGCUUUAGUGAUUUUCUUAAGCUUCAAAGUACCAGUGCCUCCUAAGUAUGAGAUGUAAAAUACCCCAUAUAGAGAGCAGAUGUCUCACUACAGAAAUUUUGUUGUAUGCAUCACAGUUUUCUUCCAGGUGACCUGCCCAACCUUGAUGUCAAAUGUUUUUGAGAGGUGUUUGGAUGCAUCUGUGGUGAAUGAUGCAGAGCUUGUGAUUUUUAUCAGAGGUAACUUUAGCUGGACAUAGGUAAUACAGAAGCUAAGGAUAUUUUUUUGGUGCUGAUCCAAAAGAAAAGUAUUUUUAAAUAUCCCAUACCCUGGGUCUUUGUUCAGUGUUUAGCGUACUGACUUGUAUUUUUAUAAGCUGAGAUGACUCCAGAUUCUCAUCUUCCACUGGUGCAGCUCCGCUCUCUUCUCUGCAUCUCCAGCUGCUUUCAUUCUAAACAGGAAACACUAACAAAUUAGUGACUUACAUCUUUGGAAGUUUCAAAAAUAGGGGACCGUUUAGAUGUUUUGUAAAAUGUAGACCAUUUGGAGGAAAGCAGUUAGGGAGAUGUCUAAUCUUUGAAUGUUGUACACUGCCUCCCCCACCACAUUCCUCAUAAUCCUGUGGACAGUCCUACCUCACCCUGGUCAACCCAUGCGAUCCUUCUUGUUAUGACCAGUCAGUGUCUCCACUUAGACAUGCACAAAACUGAACUUUGGUCCAGGAGAUUAAAACUGCCCUCCGAGGGUCCACCUGUCUCUCUCCCUGCUGGAUUGGGCACUCCUUACCUAGACUCAUGAGUUCCAGGAAAUGUCCACCACUACCCCCACAGCCCUCAUUUUCUACAAGCCAUGACGAAGGGACAAGGACUUGGAACAGUGAGGAGUGAUUGUCACACGGGACAGAACGACAAGAGGCUCAGGCUUUCUUACAGAAACAGGCGGUGUGAAUAGUGACACAUUGUAUAGAAAUAGAGUGUGAGCUCUGACACUACAGGAGGCGUGAAUUCUUUUUAACUUGCAUAUAACUUCACGGCAUCUGUGGCACAUUUUUUCAAACUACAUUAACUUUUCUCCUCCUGGUGCCUGCAACAUAGUUUUUGAUGGACUCCCUAGCCCCUCUAUUCCCAAAGGUUCUUCUCACCAUGAGAACUUGAGUCCUAGGGAAAGGCUACUGGGGCUCAUCCUCGUUGUCAACUUAGACUCCCCUAGGAGAUGCACCUCUAGCAUGUCUGAAAGGGAGUUUCUAGAAAGAUAUAACUGAAUCGAGAAUACAUACCCAGAUGUGGAUGGCACCAUCACAUGGGCUCAAGUCCCAGAUUAAAUAAAAAGGAGAAAGCAAGCUAAGAACCAUUGUUUGUCUCUACUUCCUUACCGGGUACAGUGUGACCAGCUACCUCACACACACUGCCAUGCCUUCCUCACUGGGUACAGUGUGACCAGCUACCUCGCACACACUGCCAUGCCUUCCUCACCAUGAUGACUGCCUCUUGCACCAUAUGAUACAUUUUUCCUUAAGGUGGGUUUGGUUUGGUUUGGUUUUUUAAGUGUUUGGUCACAGCAAGAAGAAAAGGAACACACUAAAAUAGUUGUGCUUUCUAAUCUCAUUUUUAAAUGUUGACCUAAUUUUGUCUUUUGGGCUCCCCUGU